CCCUGAUUAAACACACCUGAACCAGCUAAUCAAGGUCUACAGGAUCACUAGAAACUUCCAGAAAGGUCAAAUAUGUAAGAGGGGAAGAGCAGUAAACUGUAUGUUAUUCUCACCUAACCUCUAUCACAUCCCGCGCACCUGAAAUACUGAGAGUAAACCAUGUCUUUCACUCCAAAGUCAUACAGUAAACCCCAAACAGUUACAACUUCAAGCACUAGAUCCACUAAAACAGUGGAUGACGGCAAAAAGAAAUCCUUGCUGAAGGACAAUAGCUGGAUUAAGACAAAUGUGAACGAGAACGAACAAGUCGAACGUGGUUCGAACUUCGGCAAAAGUGUUCUGAGUCGUUACAAGUCCAACGAAAACCUUGUCAACCCUCAAGAUAAAACUAGCAAAACCGAGGGCAAAACCAGCACUGUCAUCACUUCACCAGGUACCUCUGUCCAAGCUCUCACUAAAAGAUUUGGUGGCAGCCAGGACAAACUGAAUGAAACCAGAACCACAGGAACUAAAACAACAGUGAAAACGGAGCCAAGGAAAAGCUCUACUUCUACAAUAACAACAAUCAAAGAUGGUACCGAGACAACUGUGACCACUACCAAGCAGGAUGUGGUGAAAUCAUCUACCAAGUCUGAAACACUCACCAAUAAAGACCUGACAGAUUUAAACACCAAGAGUUCUGGUGGUUACAAGACUGAUGUUAUUACUGUCAAGUCAUCAAAGGACACUGUUGAUGGACCAACCUCACCUGUCAAGACCACCACAAGCAUCAAAACCUACACCAAAGAGGAUGUUUCACCAACUAAAACAACAUCAUAUUCUGUCGGAUCCACAAAGAGCACUGAGGAUCAACUGUUUGAUACCCUCAUACCAACAUCGAUCAAAUCAGCCAAUACAAAACCUGGCAGCAGUGACUACAAGACUGAAGUGGUUACUGUGAAGUCAUCAAAGGACAUCAUUGAUGUACCAACUUCACCUGUCAAGACCACUACAAGCGUCAAGACCUACACCAAGGAGGAUGUUUCACCAACUAAAACAACAUCCUACAGCACAAAGAGUGACUACAAGACUGAAGUGGUUACUGUGAAGUCAUCAAAGGACAUCAGUGAUGUACCAACUUCACCUGUCAAGACCACUACAAGCGUCAAGACCUACACCAAGGAGGAUGUUUCACCAACUAAAACAACAUCCUACAGCACAAAGAGUGACUACAAGACUGAAGUGGUUACUGUGAAGUCUUCAAAGGACAUCAGUGAUGUACCAACUUCACCUGUCAAGACCACUACAAGCGUCAAGACCUACACCAAGGAGGAUGUUUCACCAACUAAAACAACAUCCUACAGCACAAAGAGUGACUACAAGACUGAAGUGGUUACUGUGAAGUCUUCAAAGGACAUCAGUGAUGUACCAACUUCACCUGUCAAGACCACUACAAGCGUCAAGACCUACACCAAGGAGGAUGUUUCACCAACUAAAACAACAUCCUACAGCACAAAGAGUGACUACAAGACUGAAGUGGUUACUGUGAAGUCUUCAAAGGACAUCAGUGAUGUACCAACUUCACCUGUCAAGACCACUACAAGCGUCAAGACCUACACCAAGGAGGAUGUUUCACCAACUAAAACAACAUCCUACAGCACAAAGAGUGACUACAAGACUGAAGUGGUUACUGUGAAGUCUUCAAAGGACAUCAGUGAUGUACAAACUUCACCUGUCAAGACCACUACAAGCAUCAAGACCUACACCAAGGAGGAUGUUUCACCAACUAAUACAACAUCCUACAGCACAAAGAGUGACUACAAGACUGAAGUGGUUACUGUGAAGUCUUCAAAGGACAUCAGUGAUGUUCCAACUUCACCUGUCAAGACCACUUCAAGCAAGGAGGAUGUCUCACCAACUAAAACAACAUCAUAUUCUAUCCGAUCCACAAAGAGCACUGAGGAUCAACUGUUUGAUACUCUCAUACCUGCAUCAAUCAAGUCAGCCAACACAAAACCUGACAGCAGUCGUGAGGAUGUAUCCAUCUCCAAAUCCAUCAGAACCGUGUAUUCAACAAAUGAGAGAGAUGAUUGGAGUACAGUCACAAGUCCUUCUUACACCAGGACAUCAUACACCGAGAGCAGGCCUGUUGAUUACCUGUCUGACACGCACGCAUCAAAAACCACCACGACUGUGUACACGUCACCGGAAAGGGUAGUAAGUGGGAAGGACAUUUGCACAGUCUGCCAUAAAAACAUGUAUACAGAUGAAAAGAUCGUCCUGGAUGACAUGAAUAUCAACUGUCACUCAAGUUGUUUCAAGUGUGGGGUGUGUAAUAUUUCUCUGGGACACCUGAAGGCAGGGGACAGUUUGUGGGUGUACCGUCGUGCCAUUCACUGCGAAAGCUGCUUUGGUGUCACUAAGGGCAAAUGGCUCCGCUGAAACCACAUUUAGCAAUAAUGAAGUGAUGUUAUGAGAGAGACAGCAAAUAUACUUGCCUUUUCCAAAACUUUCCCAUGGCUUUGAUUUGGACUCAGCCCAUUUGAAGUGCAUAAAACAGUUUAUGGUGGUGGACUUCUGUCUGAUAAUAGACUUUGGGGUUUAUUAAUUGCACUGAUUGCUGUUCUCCCCAAUGAUGCGACAAGGCUCUUAUCUAAUUACCAAAAUAAUAAUAUUUUUAAAGAAGAAUAUUUUCCUAAUACAUGAUAAUAGUUGCUUUGUUUUUUCUUCACUAUUGUUGUAUUAUUAAAGCAUACAUGUGUAUAUAAUGAGAAAAUAUCAUAUUUCUCCUGAGUUUUCAUCUGAUUGUCUUUCAUUGUUCAGAUCUGGUUAAACGUCAUUCCAGAGAUAAAUUAUGCAGCACCUUUCACUACUGUAGCUAUAAAUUGAAUAUGCUUGUGUUGUAAGUAUUUCUAAAGAAUCACAGUCUUUCAGAAAUAUGCUGUGAUCAAGAUCAGACACUUCAACUCGUAUCUUAUGACAGGAUUCCUAAGAGGAUGCAAAUAAAGAGCUAAAGUUAGCCAUUGCAGAUAGUGUUUUUUUUUGUUGUUUUUUUUUUACAUGAGAGGGUCAACUUGAAGUUAUUUUGAUAUUAUUUGACCUUUUAAUCCUUUAAAAUGUUGAUUUUAUUAGGAUUUCUGUAAUUUUAUCAAAAGGGAGACAAACCAACUAAACUUCAUCACAAAAUUCUUUAAAUCA